CCCGCCCACCCUGGCCGGCCCAGCCCGCCUCCCCCCUUCUUCCUCCUCCUCUUCUCCAUCGGCCACGGCAUCCUCGAAUCCUUCCUUGGAAUUCUCGCGCCGCGGCGGAGGGGAGAGGAGAUGAAGUUCGGCAAGGAUUUCCGGAGCCACCUGGAGGGCACGCUGCCGGACUGGAAGGACAAGUACCUCGCCUACAAGGCGCUCAAGAAGCUCAUCAAGACGCUGCCGCCCGACGCCCUCGCCGCCGACCAGCCGCCGCCCCCGCCUCCCCUGCCCCCGCCCGGGCGCGGCGACGGCGGCCUCGGGGACUGGUUCGCCCGGAUCCUCGACGUCGAGCUCCACAAGCUCAACGACUUCUACAUGGAGAGGGAGGAGUGGUACGUCAUCCGCCUCCAGGUGCUAAAGGAGAGGAUUGAGCGAGUCAAAGCUAAGAAGAAUGGUGCUUUUACAUCCAAAACUGAGUUCACUGAAGAAAUGUUAGAGAUACGUAGAGAUUUCGUGCUUAUCCACGGCGAAAUGAUACUUCUGCAGACCUACAGCUCCCUGAAUUUUGCUGGGCUGGUGAAGAUACUGAAGAAGUAUGACAAAAGAACAGGCGGCGUUCUCAGCCUACCUUUCACUCAGCGAGCUCGCCACCAACCAUUUUUCACCACUGAGCCGUUAACAAGACUUGUUCGAGAAUGUGAGGCUAAUCUUGAAAUCCUUUUCCCUGUCGAAGAUGAAGUACUCGAGUCUGGUUCCUCUUCAAAGCAUCAGGCUCACAAUGAUGCGGCUAGUCGUGACCCAGCUUCAUCUUGCGACGCAGAAACCUCAGAGGUGUACCGAAGCACACUCGCAGCAAUGAAAGCGAUAGAGGGCCUCAAGAGAGCCAGCUCUACUUACAAUGCCCUGUCUCUCGCUAGGUUCUUCCAUGGAGAGGAUGGUGAAGCUUGUUCGGGCGCCAUAACUUCUGAGAGCUCGCUGUCAAAUUCCUUGACAGAUUCCCAGGUUGAAGAUGCAGAUAAGGACGAUAAGGAGGUGCAAUCAAAGGAGCAGAGCUCUGCUCAGACUGACCAUAACGCGGAAGCGGAGCGACGCGGUGGAUAAUAAUCAGUCUUUGCAUGCUAUUUUGAAUCUCCCCUGAUAAGUGUAAAUGAUAGAACUGCUAUAACACCAAUAAUCUGGAUGUUUAGCCAGUCUUUGAAAUGUGUGACCACAAGUCAUGUUUUAUUUGGAUGCUUGGAGUUUUGGAGCUGUAGGCAGAAAGUGUGUGUGUGACAUUUAGCUGAUUUGAUUCGAAAGGAAUUGUAUACAGUCUCUCUGUUUUUCAA